CAUGAAUACGCUUCACGAACAGACGAUGAUUCGAUCAGAGGAUGAAUUCACCUAUAUCAUUUGGCCGCUAGAACGCUGCCGGAAUCUCACUCCGAAGUUAGAUGCUCUUCUCCGCGAAAAUACAUCUGCAUCUCAUUCUGGCUUUGACAUUCAGUUUCCCUUUCCCUUCUGUUGUCUUGUUCAUGAGCUCGUUACCAGCUAUAUGAUAUUUCCUUUCGUUGUCGCUCGUCGAUUCUUUCAUUGGUGCUGUCACUCAAAAUGCAUUUGCAAUAACACUGCAUGAAUUUUCCUUUACCACCUAUUCCAGCUGAAUAGUUUCCUACUCCACGAUGCUUACUUCCACGUCAAAGGACAGCUCCCAGGAUGAGUGGACCGAGCCGAUUGGACACCAGGUACAAUCAUCAAGUGCUCCCCAAGGCGACACCGCGCAUAUGGACUCCACGCCGGGCGAAAAGGUCCCCAUUGAACCUGGGGUCGAGGAAUCCAUGGACGCUCGAAUCGAGCGACUAGGCCGAGAGCGACCAGCUAUCUUCAAGUCGAUUUGGGCCGAGCUCGCCUUCGUCUUUUCCAUAUACAUGUCCCAGAUCCUGACAGAGUAUUUCGUUUCCGGAUUCAGCGUCAUCCGACCUAUUCUCAUUCAAGAUCUGAACAUUCCCCAGGCAGCUAGUGUCUGGCCGGCAACAGCAUUUUCUCUGGUCAUCGCAGCGACGUUGCUGGUGUUUGGGAGACUUGGGGACAUGUGGGGAGGAUAUCCUGUGUUCAUGGGCGGAAUGGCAUGGCUAGUUCUAUGGAGCGUCGUCUGUGGUUUCAGCACCAACCCGAUCAUGUUGGAUAUUUGCCGGGCGCUACAAGGCCUGGGACCAGCUGCUUCCCUGCCUACCGGUGUGAUGCUGAUGGGCACUGUAUAUCGACCUGGUCCACGAAAGAACAUGGUUUUCGGCCUUUAUGGCUUGUUUGCAGUCCUUGGUUUUUACUUUGGCAUUUUCUGUGCGGGCGUCAUUGGUCAGUACAUACGCUGGGGCUGGUAUUUCUGGAUCGGCGCCAUCCUCACGUUGAUCACUCUUGUCACGUCGGCAGUUUCCGUGCCCAACGAUCGGAAGGAACGGCUCAAGAAUGGUAUCACUAUGGACUGGCUUGGAGCCGGCACCAUUGUCCCGGGCAUCGUUCUUUUCGUGUUCGCCAUUACACAGUCUGCACACGUGGAGAAAGGGUGGCGCCAACCUUACAUUCCAACAUUAUUCUGCGUCGGCUGUCUCUUUCUGAUGGCCGCAGUCUACGUCGAAGGUUGGGUGGCCAAAGAGCCGUUGUUGCCUCCUGAUAUCUUUACAACACCACGCAUGACCCAGCUCACCAUUGCGCUUCUCCUCUUGUACGGCAACUGUGGUAUCUACUUGCUUUAUGGCGUACAGUACUUCCAGGAUAUUAUGGGCGCUACACCUUUGCAGGUGGUUGCGUGGAUGACUCCUAUAGCCGUCGGGGGGAUUAUCCUCAACGUUCUCGAAGGAUUCGCUCUCCACUUACUACCUGGCAGACUGUUCCUGGUUGUCUCUGGUGUGGCCGCUCUUGGCUGGCCACUUCUACUCGCCUUUGUGCCGGAGGGUGGUAGCUAUUGGGCGUGGAUAUUCCCUUCGAACGUCAUGGUCACGAUGAGCAUCGAUCUGUCUUAUGCUCUGAUCUGCGUCUUCAUCACAACCACACUACCGUCUGCACGACAGGGCCUGGCUGGAGGGUUGAUCAAUUCAGUCAUGCAACUCGGAAUGGCCAUCGUGCUUGGUUUCAGCGAUAUCGUCCAAUCAUACACUGUUGACAGCGCGGGUUUGAGACAAAGCUAUAAGAACACUUUCUGGUUCGGCGUGGCUACUGGUGCUGUCAGCCUGGUGCUGUUGGUCGUUUGGGGCAAGAUUGACAAAGCGAAGAGUGACUUGACUGCUGAUGAGAAGCUGGAAUUACAGCGUGAAGCAAUGACAGCAUCUCGAGAAAAUGGCGCUGAGACUUAGAAUUGCAUCCUGCAUAGCGUCUGUUUGGUUAGGCAUAGUAAUGGUGUUCGGACAUAGAAUUCGCAUAGACACCAGGAAUGGCAUUAUGUACAUAACUACGAUUACAAU